AAACCACACAGAAAUAGUGAACGACCAGUGUCCUUUAGCAAAACAUGCUUGCGGUUUCGCCAUCAUCAUCUCGAGCAUGUUCACCUGCUCCUCCACCAGGCUCGGCAACUUCUCGUCGGAAGCCAGUGGGGAAAUACCGUGGAAUGGAAGCCGAUACAAUGAGUCGAUGCGACUCCAUCAUGACCGAUACCUCUACUUCCAGUAGAUGGUCGCGAGGGUUUCGUUUUCGACGCAACACUGGCUCUAUCAGAAGUACCACAUCUACCAUGAGCAGUCGACAAAAAUUGACGCAAUUGUUCAAGCGUCUGGCUUUGCGUUUGGGUGUCGGAAGUAACCUCUCCAGCUAUGACUUGAGCAUGGAGUCUCAGCAUUCAGUUCCGACAAGCUCAGCUGCCUCAGUGGCGGCAAUGCAACUGGACGACAUCUCCAUCAGAUGGGGAUCUACCUCACGUCGAUACGGAGGAGCCGGAGUCUCCAAUAUACGCCCCAGUGGUCCUAGACGUAUGCAAUCUGAUGAUGCUGCGGCUGUCUGGGCCAAUGUGAUCGCCAAGCAUGCUCAUACAACAAAAGGGAGUGCACAGGCACGGGCGUUUCGUCAUUUACUGCAAGAAAGGGACGACGCUCGUGCAGAAUGUGUUCGCCUAAAAUCAUCUGUGGGCAAGCAGGUGCCCAAUGGUACUGACACUUUGGGGGAAAUAGGGAGAAUUUGUGGGGAUUUGAAAGUGGCAUUGAGUUCUUUCAAAGAAAGUUUGCCAGCAAAAGACGCCAUUGCAGCACCAGAUACAACCGUAGCCCCGCUGGAGGCUAUAUAUUCUAGACUUGAGGAGCUAACGCAGGCGCUCGAGCGUGUCAUCGAGCCUCAAACCAAUAACGAACCCACGAAACCGGUCAUCCGAAAGCCAUCUGCAAAACCCACCGCUCCAUCUCCUCGCGUCUCACGCCAAAGUUCAGUACGUACCCUAGCGGACACAGCACAAGCCACCCGCAUACCGACGCCUGCCUCACAGAUGCACACUGAGCAAGGGCAGGAUCUGAGCAAUGCGCCACCCACGGAACAACCACCGUCUCAACUGAUCACCGCCUUGCCCGACAACAAAACCACUACCGAGGAUUCUGAUACUUUUGCGCGUGACUUGUGUGGCAGAAUUGAGAAGGUCUUUGCUGGGAACGAAAACGUGGAAGAGGCAGCUCAUGUGGUUACGCCUACACCCAAGGUUCAACCACGCCCCCCUCGCCGUACUCGCACACUAAUUGUCCGCAAGGAGCGAGAACAACCUGAUGGCGGGAAGCCCAUGGAAGGCUCUGAUACUGAUAACAUCAAAAACGAUGACGUCGUAGCAAGUACAUCUUAGUCCGCGGCCAGUUUCGUGAUACGCAAGCUAUACACGUCCAUCUCAAACUGAAUAUAUUUUGCGCAACUCCUCCGUGGUCGUUGGAAGAAACGUAAUAGGGCACCGCUCAUGCUCCUCCACGUACUUGUAAAUACAUGGAUAGCAGAAGACAUAGCCAGAUGGUAACAUGGUGGGGUUUGUUCGUUGUUUUGUACAGAGAGGGCAUAUUGAAGGAUCGGUAGGCAGAGGCACACCUGCAGGAUUUGGCUGGACGAAAAUUGUGUAAGGUGCUAUGCUAAUCCGCAGGGCAACACAAAUAUAUACCUCAAGAGGUUUUGGUGGUGGUGG